AGGAAAUGUUAGUUGCUGUUGCCUCUUGGCCUUUUUAUCUCUCUCGAGUUUUUAUUCCUGCCCCCCAAAACUUCCAUUUCUAUUGGUCUGAGGUUACUGGAACACUUUUAUAGGCAAAAUUAUUGCUGUGUUUUUGCUUCAUGUAGUCUGGUGCACAAUGCCUUCCAGUUACCGCAACUUCCGAAACAGCGUGCCGUGGCUAAUCCUUUCUCUGGAAGCUGUUUUCAUCGCCCUCUUUUACUUUGUGUUCCCAUAUGAUGAUAAAUUAAUUAAGGCUUACCCAGCUUUCCAAGAUGUCAACCACAUGAUGAUUUUUGGAUUUGGCUUUUUCCUGAUGUUUCUGAAAAGAUACGGGUUUAGCACCACCGGAUUCAACCUCCUGCUCAUUGUACUUGGUGUCCAGUGCUCUGUGCUGAUAGAUUUAUUUGUUUUACUUCUUCAAAGGCAAAAUAAAUGUCAUCUGGCAAGGCUAAUAGAGGCUUCUAUGAGCCUGACUGCUGUGGUCAUCUCCACUGGAGCUGUUCUUGGGAAGGCUAACCCUGCGCAAUUAAUUCUGAUGACAGUUCUGGAGCUAAUAGUUUUCCGUAUGAGCAGAUGGAUGAACAACACAUUCCUGCGGGUUACAGACAGUAUCAGCAUGAUGCACGUUCACCUGUUUGGAGCCUACUUUGGUCUGGCCAUCUCCUCAUGUUUCCCUGAGCCAUCACCAAGGACUGAUAAGAAUGCAAGAACCCCAAAGUCGGAUUUAUUGUCCAUGUUGGGCACUCUCUUUCUCUGGGUGUUCUGGCCAAGCUUCAAUUCUAUACUAUCUGACAAGAAGUGGAGAGUCAUCUACAACACCUACUUUGGCCUUGCAGUGAGUGCUGUCACUGCCUUUGCCUUGUCUGUUCUGACCACAAAGGAUGGGAAAUUCAGGAUGACUCAUAUCCACAGUGCAGUUCUAGCUGGUGGGGUCGCUGUUGGUUAUGCAGCACACAGUAUCGAGUACCCUUGGAUUGCAAUGGUUUUGGGUCUGCUUGCCAGCGUGAUAGCCAUAUUAGGAUCUUACUGUUCACAGGUAAGAUGCCUGAAUCCUCUCAAGCUUCAUGAUACCUCUGGAGUUCAUUUCACUUUUGGCAUGCCUGCUGUGCUUGGAGCUCUCACCCAGGUCAUUCUCUUAAUAAUAACAAACUGGAAUAAUUUACCAAGUAUGGGUUAUUUGGUCAUGAUUCAGAUUGGUGCCUUCUGCCUGACCAUCAGCGUCGCUUUGAUAACAGGUCUUAUUGCAGGUUUAAUCUUAAACCUCAGACUGUUCAAGAGCAUCCCUGUAUCCAAGUACUUUGAAGACCAGUUUUACUGGGAGUUUCCCCACUUGGCUGUUGGAUUUUGAAUAGAAGAACCCAGAUGAGUGAUUUGACCGAGGCUCAAGAAAGCCAUCCCAAUGGGCACCUAAAAAACUAGUAAUAAACUGUACUAGUUAUUCUUGAAAGAUACAGUGUGAAUUUACAGAUGCAUUUAACUGUUUUGUUGAACUUAAAUAUUUUUUGCUACAAAAAAGUUGGCUGCAUUCAUCGCUGUAAUGGCUUAUCAAUCAAAAUGCUUGGAAACCUUACACUAUUUUUAGCUCCCAAAGCCAAAGUAAGUAUGUUAAAGUACAAUUUUUCCAAGUGUCCAUACUCAUUCUUCUCUAGCGAAGCAUGCAAGUACUUGUUUUUAAGCUAAAUUAAUUCUGUUGAAGGCCUUGUUAAGCAGGGAUUUGAUGAGCGAGCUGGAUCAGGGCCAGAACUCUGUAUCCUGCCAGACUGAGCUCUUGAGUUAUCUGACAGCUUAAAGAAAAAUCUAUAAUCCCUUGGCUCAAGCUAUCUAUUUGGAAGCUCAGAUGACAAGGAGUGAAAUUGUUCUGCUUGUGGCUGGUGCCCUUGUCACCAACGAUACUUACUCAGAUUGGCAGUAAAACUCAGCACAGCCUGUCCGUGUGGGGACAGUGCCCAAAGGGCUCUGGCUGCCCUAAGUGCAGGCAGCAGGGGAGGCUAUGGGGACAGUGCUUGGGCCUGGGUGAUAUGAAUCCCAGGGUGGUGUAUGUUGGGCUGGUUUACCCUGUGCCAAGCUCAGGCCUGAUGGGGCAAGUGAACCCUUGUGUUUAAAUGGAUUGUGAUCCCUGGUGUGUCUUCAUUGUUCCAAAAUAGCUGACACAGAAAAACUUAUUAAAAAAUGCUUAUCUAAUAAAAGAAAAUGACAAUUUGAUGGUUGGUUUGUCACAGUUAACAUGCUAUGCACUACUACCUGUGCCACAGUGCAAUCCAGGCUCAACUGGUGUCCUUCACUUCCCAGCAGCCAAACCAACAGCUGUUUUCUAGCAGGAAUGCUGCUAAGGAAUAGCAAUUUAUUCACCCUCUUUUCCCCGCAUCUCUUUCAUCAUUAUUUCUUGAGCAGCAACCCAGGUGAAUACAUAGGAAGGGGCAGACACAGGAUCAGCAUUCUCUCUGGCAGUGACUGUUCUCCCUGCCAAAGACAGAACUCUUUUCACAGUGGUUGCAAAACAGCUGACAGCAAGGUCUGUGGAUGAGCUGCUUCCAUCUAGAGCCACUGCACAACUUGUACUUGUGCCUCUACGGCAUCAUCCACAGCAACAGUGAGUUGUUACUCACCAGAGACUUCCCCAUUACUGCCAUAGUGUGUUUGGGGGGGAAUUCCAGAGCAGCAUAGUUCUGUAUUACGCAAGAAAAGGCACACAGCAGUAAAUUUUGAAAUGGAAAAAAUGAUUAUAUUGUCCAGAUAUAGGAAAUAUUUAAUAAAUAGAUGUUAAAAAGUUGUUUUAAAGCAUUUUUAGUAAGUCUCAGAUUGUAAUUAAUGUUGUAGAAACAGCUGGUUAAAUACAUCCAUUUUCCACUACACUAUUUACUUGCAGCAAACAUGGUAGCACAAAAGUGACUUCUGUUGUGACAUGCAGCAAUUCUACAUGUGUCAAAACCAUUACACAUUGCGAUCAGCAUACAAGAGUAAAAAAUGAAACAGCACAGAACCAGGAUUUUUAGUGCCAUGAUUUGAGUUUUCCUGGGUUUAUCUUCAGACACAAUUGAAGGUCACCCUUUACAAAAUGGCUUUACAAAACAUUGGGAGUGUGCAGUUAAAAACCCAGCGUGGCCAAUGCACUUCCACAGGCGUGUUCAUUGCCACAAGUCUUCUGUGCGACCAAAUUUGAAGACCAGUCCUC